AUGACAAUGGACAAAUUUUAUGACCAGGCAUUAGCAGCUCAACUCCUCGAUGUGUUCAUAUUGGAGAGAUCGACCAGCAACAACCUGCAAUGCUUCAACUUCUCUGAAGAUUCAGCCAACCAACUCUCAAUUGAGACACAGGGGAAAUUAGCGAAGCUUGUUAAUAAUGCUGGCACAAGCGACAUGGAGGAAGCUUCAGUUGGCUUGCAAGGCAUCGUAGCGCAGGUGUCCUUGCCUCCGUUUGCUGAUAACACAGGGCAGUCACACCAGCGACUUUCGCAGCUUUGCCAGGGAGUCACCAUCACUGGGCUGUCUUCAACAAACUUCGUCACCAUGAUGGACAAACUACGACAUGCUCACAGCCUGUUCAGCAGAUUUACACCAGGGGGCAGACUCCGCUCCCCCGAGUUUAUCAGUACUCAGGAUUUUGAAAGCAGGAACGGUACCGUGAAUUUCCCAACGAUCAGCACUGGUAACCGGUUCUUCACCCCUAGCCACUUGGCGGCAGGUCUACAACCAACUGCAGUAACCAAGGACAUAGACCCAAGCGGUGUUUUGAAGAAGGCAGACAGCAGACGUCUUAUCCAUACGGAGGACAACGAGGUCAAGUACUAUAUUAUGUCUAAGAGCAACGACAAGAUCAAGUAA